ACAGGCCACCGUCCCCUGUCAACGUGACUGUGACGCAGCUGAAGGCAAACUCUGCCACAGUCUCCUGGGACGUCCCAGAAGGAGACGUGGUCAUCGGCUAUGCCAUCUUACAGCAGCGGCAAGAUGGACAGAUGCAGCGCUUCAUCCGGGAGGUGAACACCACCAACCGGGCCUGCGUGCUGUGGGACUUGGCGGAGGAUGCUGAUUACAUCAUCCAGGUGCAAAGCAUCGGCCUGUAUGGGGAAAGCCAGGCCAGUAAGCGUGUCCACUUCCGCACCCUGAAGGAGACCGACCGCCUCUCUUCCAACAGCUCCAACCAAGGUGACAUCACCAUGGAAGGGCUGGACAAGGACAGGCAGCUGCAGACAGGCGAGAUUAUCAUCAUUGUGGCUGUGCUGCUCAUGUGGGCAGCGGUGAUUGCGCUCUUCUGCAGACAGUAUGACAUCAUCAAGGACAACGACUCCAACAACAACAAGGAAAAGACAAAGCCGUCCUCGGAGCACAGCACACCAGAGCGACCGAGCGGAGGGCUGCUGCGGAGCAAGAAGAAGUCUCCCUCAGUCAAUAUAAUCGAGGUGUAA